AUGACGGAACCCUCCGAUCCAGUGCCGACCACGCAGGCCUCAACACCUGCCUCAUCGGCACCAGAGCAAGCUCAACCCGCGAUCGAAAACUCUCAGACUCUCCCGAUCCGCAACUCAAAACCCACCAAGCCCACCGAAGAUGCGCCCGCGUCCACUGACGGCGCCACAGAGAAGUCGCUUAGCCCAGCCGAGCUGAAGAAGAAAGCCAAGGCCGAGAAGGCCGCCCGACGUAUCCGAGAGAAACUUGAGAAGGAAGGAGGUGCCCCCAGCAGUACCACUCCCAUUCCUAGUGGCGGAGUCCAGGCUCGUCCACCAACUACACCGAAGAAGGAUGCCACCGGUCCUGGCUCUGCACAGAAGGGACCGCGAGCUCCGCCCCCGCGCCGUGGCUCAGGCCCCAUUGCGCAAACCGGAUCGGUUCUUGUUGAGCAAAAGAAAAAGAAGGAUGAUAAGAAGGUUGCUAUCUUUGGGCAUUUGUACGGACAACAGCGCCGUGUCACUGUCGCCGGUGCCACAAAGGAGGUGCACCAUGCCAUCCUGGCCCUGGGGAUGCAGUUGAUGGAUUACACUAUCUGCGGCAGCAGUGCGCGCUGCGUGGCUACGUUGCUUGCCUUUAAACGAGUCAUUGAAUCUUACUCGACUCCCCUGGGUACCUCGCUCGCUCGCCACCUGACAACACAUCUCUCGCAUCAGAUCACCUACCUCUCAACAUGCCGACCCCUCUCUAUCAGUCAGGGAAAUGCCAUCCGUGCUUUGAAGCUGUUCAUUGCCAGCAUCGACCCCUCUACCCCCGAGGCGAGCGCAAAGAUCUCACUCUGCGAGUACAUUGACAGCUUUAUCCGGGAGAAGAUUACGGUCGCCGACCAGGUUAUUGCAGACAGCGCCGCACAGAAGAUCCAAGACGGCGACGUUAUUGUGACAUUUGCCGGCAGCAGCAUUGUCAAGCAGACACUUCUGCUAGCACACAACCAAGGCAAGCGAUUCCGCGUAUCAAUCAUCGACUCAAGGCCCCUUUUCGAAGGCAAAAGCCUCGCCCGCGACCUCGCCAAGUGCGGGCUCGACGUCCAAUACUCCCUCGUCCACGCUAUCACCCACGCCAUCAAGGACGCCACAAAGGUCUUCCUCGGCGCCCACGCCAUGACUAGUAACGGCGGCUUGUACUCCCGCGUCGGCACCGCCCUCGUCGCCAUGUCCGCCAAGGAGCGCGCCAGUGGUGUCGAAAUCCCCGUCAUUGUCUGCUGCGAGACGAUCAAGUUCACCGACCGCGUCGCCCUCGACAGUAUCGUCGUCAACGAAAUCGCCGACGCCAACGAGCUGCUACCUAUGAACACCCCUGCCUCUCUCGUCGUCCGCGACCCGGUCGAUGCGUAUGUCCCCCCGCCGCCUGAGAAUAAGAAGGGUGCAAACCGCACCUCGGCUGCCGAGCCUCCUGUUAUCCCACACAAGACCUCUUCGUCCCCUCUUGCGAACUGGCAUGACACUCCCAACCUACAGCUGCUGAACAUCAUGUAUGAUGUUACGCCUGCUGAGUACGUCGACAUGGUUAUCACCGAGAUGGGCAGUCUCCCUCCUAGUGCGGUCCCGAUUGUCCACCGUAUGGUGACAAACCUGUGA